AUGCACCAAUUGGUAUCAGAGCCUGGUUACGAGGCGAUGAGCACCGAAUGGUUCUCCAGGGAUGACCUCAAUCGGCUGAUUCGGCUGACCGAAAGCGCCCUGUCUUGUUGCGGAAGGUUUGUGGCAGCCUGUGACAGAGCUACUGCAUCUGUCACCCUCACCACCCCGUCGCCGCCAGUGCCCACCUCCAUUGUACCGCCGCUGCCGCCAUUUGAAGAGCCGCAUGACGCCGUUUCGCACGCCACAAUCAAAGUUGAUUGGUCUCGCUCGAUCAUCCCCACCAUCACCCUAGAAGCACCGUCCACAUGGCUGCCCACUCCAAGACCACCACCGAAGGUCAUCAGACCACCACUGCCGCCUGUUGGAACCCUAACCCUCGAGGGUAUUACCUUGGGGAUGACCACCACGCCGACGUCGUGCAUAGACAUCCGCUUUAAAGGGGGGAGGCGAUUCUAUCUUAGAAAGAAGAGGAAGAAACAGCGUAAAGCUGCUGCUGAAUCCGCCUGGGAACCCCUGCGGCCGCGAGAGGAAGGCCUCGUCGUGUUGGAAAUUAGCCAAGGAGGACUCACAGCCGCACACGAGCUCACUGCGCUCCGGAUGGGAAACGACGAGCAGCCCUAUGUGGGGUCUUCCACGAACGAGCCAUGGCUAGCGAAAUACUUGUCCGAGAACGUGGGAAGCUCACUAGUCUCCAAGAACGGAUCGAUGGGGCAGGAUCGGGAGAGUCUUCGAGUGGGAGACGAAGAAGACAAGCCGCUGCAGUCUUCUGAUAUAACCACGACAGCAACAACAACUAUUAACGUACCAGUUGUUGCGACCCCAACAAAGCCAGCGAAUUUGGUGGAGUCGUCAUUGACUGUCAUCACGGCCACAUGGUAUAUAUUACCCGUACCACCCAGCUUCCGUAUGGGUAGUAAUCUUGUUCCAGAGCCGGCGCUUGCGUCCGCUUCAGCUGCUGUUCCGUCCCUCUUCCCGCCACCAAUCACAAGAAUUGGGAAGUCCACUCCUAGCCACGUUAAGGAGUCUCAACCAGGCAUGGCGACAUGGUUCGGUUCUAAUCGAGCCACUGAUUUGCGUGGCGUUGAAGAUGGAGAGUUGAGGUUGUGGCAAAGCACGACGGGUAUCAUCCGCGAGGUUGAGCUGUAUGGGUGCGCCGCCGGAAUCACCAAAGCAACCACCUCGACAUGGAUUUGUUCCACGACAGUCCGUCAGCAUGUGGUGGCUAGAGGAGGAUCAAACUCGAUGGCGAGCAGCUUGAUUCAAGGUAGUAUCGGGCCCAGUAUGAGAGGGUUGGCCGGGGGCUUGUUAUACGGCGUCAAUCCGGCAAGUUCUGAAGUUGGAAGAGCUGUAGAUUUGGGCUCCCAUCGACAGGUCGCGAUCUUUAAUGAAGGACAGCCUAUUGUAUUGUCCAACUCAACACCUGUGACUUCGCGGCUACCCCCGUUUGGACAAGUUACAAUUGAUUUGCCGAGAAAGAGAGCUACAAGGCAAGGAACUAAAGAGGGACGUGAGAUUGAAGUGAAGCCAGCAAAGCAUGUAUUUGGGAGUGAAGUUGGUGGUAACUUCCACGUAGAGGGGCUUAAAGGAUUCGGCCUUCUUGGUGAUUUUGGCAUUUAA